AUGCCUUCGAUAUUGUCCGACGACGACAAGCAGACGGUCAAGCGCACCGUCCCCAAGGCCUCGAACAAGAUCCACGCCGUCGCCGUCGCCAAGCUCUAUGUUGCCUACCCGGACCCGCACCGAUGGACCUACACGGGCCUGCAGGGCGCCGCCGUCCUGGCCAACGACCUCGUCGGAAACACCUUUUGGAUCAAGCUGGUGGACAUUUCGCCCUUGAACCGCGGAGUGAUAUGGGAUCAGGAGAUCUACGACACCUUUUCCUACAACCAGGACCGUGUCUUCUUCCACACGUUUGAGCUCGAGCAAUGCCUGGCCGGCCUGUCCUUUGCCGACGAGAAAGAGGCCAAGCAGUUCAAGAAGAAGAUGGACGACCGCGAGAAGAACGCGCACAAGAACACCAAGAACAAGCCGUUUAGCUCCACCGCGGGCUCCGCCAACAGCGCCGCGCCAAACGGAAAAGAACAGCACCACGGUCUUCUGGGCAGCAUAACGGGCAGUCUCUUCGGCCACCGGCACAACUCGCAGCAGCAGCAGGCCCAGGCCCACUCGAUUAUUCCUCCCAGCAAUGUCCACCUCGCUUCUCCGAGCGCGACUUCUGCCUCGAGCCCCAACCAGAGCGGCAAAAGCUCUGCUAUUGAUACAGCUGACCCGUCAUGGCAGCCGCUGCUCAAGGAGCUCCUGCAGAUGGGCAUCACCGAAGACCAGAUUGAGGAAAACGCCGACUUCAUCAAGAUGUACAUUGAGCAGAAGAAGGCCGGUGAGGCCGCUCAGGAAGAACGCAAGAACAGACUACCGCCGCCACCGCCACCGGCAAGCGCGCCUCCUGCUGCAAGCAGGCUGAGUCCUCAGAACACGGGCAGCACGGGGACGUCGCGGCGUGGGCCUCCUCCUGCUCCGCCCGCACCCCGCAGAAGCGGCACCGCUGCGCCAGCUCGUCCGGGGUCUCCCUCACCUCCCAGAGCGCCAUCGCCAGCCCAGCCCAGGUUCAGGGUCCCGCCACCGCUCGCCGACGCGGGCAAGCACGCCCACGCGCCGCCGCCGCCCGCACGCUCACGUGCCCAGUCGAACGCGACGCCCGGCCCGCCUCCGCCGCCGCGCCCGCCCAAAUCGCCCAUGGACGACGAGGCG